AUAGCACUAACCAACAACUGGGUUUUCCUAUAUAACCCCUCUAAAAAAAAUAUACUUUUGAGAUAUAUAUAUAUAUAUUGAUCUCCCCCUCCCCCUUUACCGGUUUGUUGCAAUACUACCCCCCAAAAAAUUCACAUUCGUUCUUUAUCACAUUAUAUUGACUAAGUUCAGUGGACAUUAGUUAAGCAUAUACUGGUUGUGUGACAAUUUAACUUAGUUUUUUUUUAUUAUUUUCAAACAUUCCCAUUGGGCCACGAAAUCUGGUUAUUCUCUUGGAGUGGAUACUUUCGUUUAUCCCCUUUGUUGAAUAUCAUUCUAGUCCCCCUUUAGCAUUUUGUUCAUUCAUUUGGAUUUUGUUCUUCCUUAGAAUACGUCCAAGGUUUCCAAUAGCUGGUUUUAUUGGAUUCGCCCACUGAACCUUUAACGAUCUAUAUAUCAUCCAAUACAUCUUUUCAAGUAUAUUCCAUCAAUAUUGGGGUCCCCCGUUGUUAAUGCAAUCACAAGCCGUCACUAUUGACAAUCGUCGAUUAGAUCCAGCGUAUCAUCCCGUAUUAGUAUACAAUCGCGCACCACCAACGAUAACCACCACCACAUAUCCAGGCAUGACCACCAAUCCCCAUCAUAUGCAUGUAUCACCUACUAUGCCGACACCAAGUUCGUCGCAAAAGGGUAAUGAAGUAUUGCCUAAUGUCAUGACUUCCCCUACUGAUUCAAUUUUGGCUACACCACAAUUGAAGAAGAAAAGGGGUAGACCACCAAAGCCCGAUUCAUUAACCAACAGAAUUACCACCACUUUAAAUAUCAACAUCAAUACUUCUCCUUUGACAAGUAGUCCUACAGCUGAAUCCAACUCCAAUCUGAUGGUGAAACAAGGAGCUCCGGAUUUCUUUACUCCGUUAAUGAGAGUCUCUCCUAGUACUAGGUCAUCGACAAAAAGAAAACGUAAGAAUUCAACAUCGUCUUCCCUUGCUGGAUCCCCUGCUCUUGCUAAAAGAUCUAAAACUACUGGUGAUAUCGGACAUUCUUUAAUCACCCCUUCAUCUUCGGCGGUGGCGUCAAAUUCAGGACUGUCACCACCAUUCCCCGCUAUCAACUCCAAGGCGAUGGAAAACAUCUCCAUGAUUACCCAAAAUGGUGUCACUUAUUAUAACACCCCUCCUUCUGGCAAUGUAAAGAAUGAAUUCCCUAAUUUCUUGACUUCAUCAGCUACUCUGAUCGGUGGUCUGGUUAUAUACUCUGCGCCUCCCCGGGCUGCAGAACAACAACUGCAUAGAAGUAACAGUAGCUCAUGUUCUUCUGUUAUAAGUUCGCACGCUAGGGAACCUACCCCUCCAUCUUCGAAUUUGUUGCCUGCCGUUACUUUAGCUGAUCAGGAAUCAAGGCCUGAUGUGGUGAUUCAGCAUGAAAAGGUCCAAUCAAAUGAUUUCCUGUUAAAAUUAAUGAUUGAUGAUCUGGGUAAAGCUGUAUUGUCGAAUGAUUUCUUCGCCUCAUUUGGAAAGUGCGAUGAUUCGACAAUUAAAAAGGAAGAAGAACCUGUAAAACACGAACAAGCUGAAAAUGUCAUGACGUCAACGAGACUAGUUCAUUCUAAUUCUGUAAUCGGGAUUGAAUCGGUAUACCAACAGGAAGAAAAAUCGAACCACCAACAACAACAAGAAGAAGAAGAACAAGAACAAGGUACUCCGAAGAUGAAUACCACUUCUAUUCCGGUCCCUUCGAUACCAUUAAGAAGAUACAACUCAGAUUUGACUGGCAUUACCACCACCACAAUUCUUCAAAACCAAGUUCUCUCAUCAAUAAGUGAAAGCUCGAUAAUCCCACAAACACCCAAAGACAGUUAUUUCAACGCAGCAAACCUCGGCACCGGAUUGACUCCAAUUUUCAACUUGACUCCUCAGUUUAACUCCUUAAUGUAUUCCAUGAUGAAUAUCAAUUCUCCAAAGAGAGGCGGUAGUGCUGGUAAUGGCGUCAACUUGAUUACCCCUGACUUUUUCUCCAGUCAACAACAAGAACAAAGACUGCAAUUACAAGGACUUGAAGAAGAAGCUAGACUUGAAACAAGUACUGUAACCAUGAAUGAGUUGAUGGGUCAGACUGUUAUGAAGGAAAAAGCAGUUAAUGACUCCGUGCCUAGCAGUAGCAGCAGCAAUGGUGGUGGUGCCCAGACAUCAGGGUGGUCUUCGUCAGAAGAUUCGGGAGACGCUAGGUUGGCGUUAAAGAAGGUCAUGCAUGUUAAAAGAAGGUCUCAAUAAGAUUUAUUACCUUUUUGGUUGUUUAUUUAUAUGAUUUCAUUGUACUUUCCCGAGCACAUAAUGUACUCCCCCCCCCUCAUUUUGUUACGUUUUAUAUUCUCUUUCGACAUUUGUUAGACUUAUAACGAGUUUUCUUUUUUUUUCACUAUUCUAAAUACUAUAUUAUCU